AGGAGGAGGAGGAGAAGAAGAGGCUGAUCAGAGCUGAGGAGCUCCACUUGCAGUCGCAUCAGCUCUGGCUGAGAGCCCCGGGACCGGAGACACCCAAACCCACCAGGGACCCAGACCCAGACCCCCACUGCAAUCCCAGCAGGAGAGAAGCACACAGCAGAGGGCAAGCGGGGCGAGGAGGAACCUUGGACCAUUUUCCUUUCUGCCCAGCAUUGGGCAAGACCCCCUGCCUCCACACCGGGAGGGAAUCAUUCCCAGGCACAGCCACAAAAAGAGUAUUGCUCUUAGAGAGAUUUUUUUUUUUUAACACACACAACACAACACACACAACACACACACACACACACAGAGAUCAGAGCGAUUUUGCAAACACUUUCCCUUUAAAUGCAUCGACCGACACUGGACGUCUUCUGACUUCUUUUUUGGAGGGUCCGGAAGGAAAAUCCCGAUCCCAAGUCCGGUUGCAAGUUCUUCCCACACAGCACAAUGCCUGUGCCGGUGAGCCCGAUCCGCACGGUGUGCCUCCUGGUCCUGCUCUGCUCCUCGGCUACUCCCGGGAGCGAGGAGAGGGCGGAGGACAUCCCGGAGGGCGCCUCCACCCUCGCCUUCGUGUUCGACGUGACCGGCUCCAUGUACGAUGAUUUGGUUCAGGUCAUCGAAGGCGCCUCCAAGAUACUGGAAACGUCGUUGAGCCGACCCAAGAAGCCGCUUCACAACUUUGCCCUCGUGCCCUUUCACGACCCAGAGAUUGGUCCUGUCACCAUUACCACAGAUCCUAAGAAAUUUCAGUAUGAACUCAGGGAGCUAUAUGUCCAGGGAGGCGGGGACUGCCCUGAGAUGAGUAUCGGUGCAAUCAAGAUUGCUUUGGAGAUCUCUCUUCCUGGUUCUUUUAUCUACGUCUUCACAGAUGCUCGUUCUAAGGACUACAGGCUAACAAAUGAAGUUUUACAGCUUAUCCAACAGAAGCAGUCUCAGGUAGUGUUUGUGCUGACCGGGGACUGUGAUGACCGAAGCCAUGUUGGUUACAAAGCUUAUGAGGAAAUUGCUUCCACGAGUUCUGGUCAGGUCUUUCACCUCGACAAGAAGCAAGUCAAUGAGGUUUUGAAAUGGGUGAAAGAGGCUGUCCAGGCAUCCAAAGUCCACCUGCUCUCCACAGACCACCUGACCCGAGCCAAAAACACCUGGCAAAUCCCCUUUGAUCCCAGCCUGAAAGAGGUCACAGUGUCUCUCAGCGGUCCGGCCCCUUUCAUUGAGCUCCGGGAUCCCACAGGGAAGCUGAUCAAGAAGGGCUCUGGCCUGGUCGAGCUCUUACACAUUGCAAACUCUGCUAGGGUGGUUAACAUCAAGGAUCCAGAGCCUGGGAGGUGGACCAUCAAGACCUCAAGUGGUGGAAGACAUUCAGUUCGAAUCACAGGCCUCAGCAGUAUUGAUUUCCGAGGUGGAUUUUCCAGAAAGCCAACGAUGGACUUUAAGAAUAUCGCCAACAGGCCCGUUCAAGGUAUACCCACAUACCUGCUGCUGAACACCACAGGGCUCACCCCGCCCGCACGAGUGGACCAGGUGGACCUUCUCAGUAUAUCCGGCAGCGCUUUGAAGACCUUUCCCGUGAAGUACUUUCCUGACCGCAAGCCGUACAGUAUCUUAAACGUGUCCGACUUCAUUCCACCUGAGGAAGCCUUCUUCCUGAAAGUGACCGGCUACGAUAAGGAAGGCUAUCUCUUCCAGCGAGUCUCUAGUGUCUCCUACUCCAGUAUUGUCCCAGGAGCUCCGGAGGUCAUAAUGCCAGCCCGGACUCCUGGCUACUACCUGCAGACGGCCUCCCUCCUAUGCACCGUCAACAGUCUCAUUCCCUUCACAUUGCGUUUCAGCAGAGGUGGCGCCAAGCUCGGAGCCGAUCAGGUUUUCAAAGAAUCUACCAGCGCGAAGUUGGAUAUACCUCGUGUUUCUGCUGUGAAUGAAGGAUACUACGAAUGUAUCGCAAUCAGCAGUGCUGGCACCGGCCGUGCUCAAACCUUCCUGGACGUGUCGGAACCUCCUCCCACCAUCCAGGUGCCCAACAACGUGACGGUGGUUCCUGGUGAGAGAGCCGUGCUGACCUGUCUGACCCUGAGCACGGUGCGCUACAACCUCACCUGGCAGAGAUACGGUGCUGACCCCAGACUGACGGAAGGACUUAGAGCUCAAGUAAUGAGCAACUUGUCUCUGGAGAUCAGAAGUGUGCGGACGACUGAUGCUGGGCAGUACAACUGCAUUGCUUCAAAUGAAGGAGGAGCGACGCUUGGCUCGGUGUAUCUGGUGGUACAAGAGCCCCCGAGAGUCACUGUCCAUCCUAAAACACAGACGUUCACCGAGAGAAAGCAGGUGCGAAUCCGCUGCUCUGCUACGGGCUACCCCCAGCCACAUAUCGUCUGGACACACAACGAUAUGUUCAUAAUGGGAUCCAACAGGCAUAUUCUGAUUGAAGGCGGCAACCUGGUUAUCCGAUACGCUACGCAGAAAGAUGCUGGAGUUUAUACCUGCCUGGGCAGUAACCCUGCAGGGACUGAUAGACAGGCAUCAGUUCUCACCUACAUAGAGGUUCCAAAGGUCAACGUGGUCCGAAAGGAGAUACUCGUUGGUCUGGGUGACACUUCGGUGCUGGAAUGUCCAGCCACUGGGGUUCCAGCGCCCGAAGUGAAGUGGUUCAAAGGCGACCUGGAGCUCAGACCUUCUAAUUUCUUAAGAAUCGAUACCAGUCAAGGCACUUUGAGGAUUCAGGGCAGCCAGGACCUGGAUGCAGGAGAUUAUAUGUGUGUGGCCACCAACGAGGCAGGAAGAGACACCGGGCAGGUCACUUUGGAAGUCGGUUCUGCCCCUACAUUCUUUCAGUCUCCGCUGGAUAUUUCAGUGGACAUUGGCUCCAAUUUGACUCUGCCCUGCCAGGCACAGGGCUACCCUGAGCCACGGGUCAGGUGGCGACGGUUGGAUGGACUGUCCAUUUACUCCAGGCCUCGAGCCGUCAGCUUGGUCACUCAGUUGACAACCGGAAGCCUCUUCUUUAACAAUCUUUGGGUGGAUGAUGAGGCCACGUACGUCUGUGAGGCUGAGAACCAGUUUGAGAUACAGGCCCAGGUCAGAGUAACAGUGACGGGACUGGUUACGCCGCUGAUUGGGAUCAGCCCGGCGGUUGUCAACGUCAUUGAGGGGCAGCCCUUGACUUUGCCCUGUUUGCUACUGGCUGGGAAUCCUCUCGCGGAACGGCGGUGGACGAAAAAUUCUUUGCUGGUGUUGUCGGACGGUUACGUGACUGUGCGCCGGGACAAAAGUCUCCACAUUGAGAGGGUCCGGCUGCACGAUGGGGGCAAGUACACGUGUGUCGCCAGUAAUGUGGCGGGGACCAGCAAAAGGAUGACCACUGUGAACAUCUUUGUUCUCCCCACCAUCCAACAUGGACCUCAAAUAUUCAGUACCAUUGAGGGAGUCCGAGUCACACUACCUUGUAAAGCACAUGGUACUCCCAAGCCUUCAAUCACCUGGUCCAAGAACAGUGAAGUUAUUACCGAAGACAAUCAGAAAUUCAAGACUGGCUCGGACGGAAGCUUAUUGAUAUUUUCCCCGACUGGCGAGCAGACGGGGGAGUUUGUGUGCACGGCCACCAACGCUGCAGGCUACGCUUCUCGCAAGGUUCAACUGACGGUUUACGUCAAACCAAGAGUUAGUGCUGGCUCGAGAAGUGGAGAGAGUCCGAGGGAGAUCUCGGUGGUGGCAGGGCAUGAUGCCACACUGCCCUGUGAAGUGCAGAGCUUUCCUCCUCCCAUCAUCACCUGGGCCAAAAACAGACAGCUCAUUUCUCCUUACUCACCAAGACACACUCAGCUCUCAUCAGGGUCAAUGAAAAUCCUGAAAACCCAACUGUCUGACGGUGGGAUAUAUCGCUGUGUUGCCACAAACAUUGCUGGGAACAUCACCCAGUCUGUUAUACUGAGUAUCCAUGUUCCUCCAAAGAUUCAGCCGGGCCCCCGUGUUAUGAAAGUCCAAGUCGGUCACAGGGUCGACAUUCCCUGUAAUGCCCAUGGAUUACCCACCCCCACGGUAACCUGGUAUAAAGACCGAAGCAUCGUCCUGGAUGCCCGUGGUACGCGCUUCACCCUGGGGACCGAGGGAACGCUGAUCGUGAAGGAGGUCCAACUCUCUGAUGCUGGCGUCUAUCGAUGUGUCGCUAUCAAUGCUGCUGGUCGGGAUGAAGCCGCGACAACCUUGCAGAUUCACCAACCUCCCUCAGUUGAAGACCCAGGUCCUCCGUACAACACCCCAUUCCAAGAGAGAGUAGCAAACCAACGCAUUGCCUUCCCCUGCCCAGCCAAAGGUAUCCCGAAACCAAUCAUUAAGUGGUUGCGUAAUGGGAGAGAGCUGACUGGCAAUGAGCCAGGCGUCUCCUUUUUGGACGAUGGGACUUUACUCAUCGAUGCCGUUUCACCGUACGACAAUGGAGAGUACGUCUGUGUGGCAAUGAAUGAAGCUGGAACCACCGAGAGAAAGUACCAGCUUAAGGUACACGUUCCUCCUGAAAUCAGGGACAAUGAGAAGCCAGUCAACAGGUCUGUGGUUGUGAAUCAGCCCAUCAACCUCUACUGUGACGUGUCAGGAAACCCCGCUCCCAUCAUCACCUGGUAUAAAGAUAGAAAGCCUAUUAGUGGCAGCAAUAUCAUACAGCUGUUAAAUGAGGGGAAAAUGCUGCGAUUGCUGAAGGCGUCUACAGGAGACACAGGGAGAUACUUGUGCAGAGCAAUUAACAUCGCUGGAACAGCAGAGAAGAGCUUCAAUGUGGAAGUGCUGGUCCCGCCGAGUAUAACGAAUGCUGGCAGCCCAAGCGAGAUCUCAGUCAUUUUCAAUCGGGAGAUAAUGCUGGAAUGUAAAGUCAAAGGAGUGCCCCUCCCCAACAUCCAAUGGUACAAAGAUAACAGGCCCCUGUUCUCGGGCAACCCGAAUGUGGAGGUGACAGACAGUGGGCAGGCGCUGCAGAUAAAGAGCGCCCGUCUGGCCGACCAGGGCCAUUACCAGUGCAGCGCCGUGAAUGCUGCAGGAAAACAAUUCAAGGAGUUUAAGCUCAACGUCUAUGUUCCGCCCAGUAUUAAAGGUGGCAACCUCACCACUGACCUGACGGUUCUGUUGAACAGCGCGGUGGCCCUGGAAUGUGAGGCCCGUGGGGUUCCACUGCCCGCCGUGACAUGGUACAAAGAUGCUCGACCUCUCAUCUCCAGCUCGCAUGCCACGUACAUCGAAAGAGGGAAAUUCCUCCAGAUAUCCCGGGCUCAAGUAUCCGACGCAGGCAAAUACACCUGCCGGGUGACCAGCGUUGCUGGAACGGCUGAAAAGCCUUACAACCUUGACGUUUAUCUUCCUCCCAAUAUCGACGGGACCUCGGACACUCCCCAGCAGAAGAAAGUCAUCAUCGGUAACUCGGUUACGUUGGAGUGUGAUGCCUCGGGUCACCCACCCCCGACCCUCACUUGGCUGAAGGACGGAGUGCCCGUGGAACACAGCAACAACGUGCGUGUGCUGCUGGGAGGCAGACGGGUACAAAUUCUGAGCAUUGCCUUGUCCGAAGCCGGAGGAUAUGUGUGUGUGGCAACCAGCAUCGCUGGCGAGAAUGAGGUCAAAUACAACGUUGAUGUCUUAGUGCCACCACAUAUAGAAGGGAGUGAGGAGACUACAGACACCACUGUCACAGUCCAUCACACACUGGAACUAGAGUGCCAGGCAGCCGGGUCCCCACCUCCGAAGAUCACGUGGCUGAAAGAUGGACGACCCUUAAAUGUCCAGGUUGGUGUGAAGAUUUUAGCUGACGGCCGUAAGCUGGUCAUCUCUCGAGCCCAGGUCUCUGACACCGGGCAGUACCGAUGUGUGGCCACAAACGAAGCAGGCAAUCAGAAGCGGGGAUUUAGUGUGACUGUUCAAGUGCCACCGACAAUCAGAUCAACGGGACCCUCCGAAAGGUCGGUGGUGGUUCACAAGACCUUAACCAUGCAGUGUGUGGCGAACGGCAUUCCCAACCCCACCAUCACCUGGCUCAAAGAUGGGCGGCCGGUCAACACAGCGAGAGGAACGAUUAAGCUGGAGUCUGCAGGACGUGAGCUGCAAAUUGUGAAUGCUCUGCUGGAGGACGCUGGCAUGUAUUCCUGCGUGGCCACUAACAGAGCCGGAGAAGCACAGCAACACGUCAGAAUCCACGUACAUGAACCUCCCAGCAUUGAGGACGGGGGUCAGACAGUGAACAGAACAGUGAUUGCUAACAAUCCGGUGCAGCUAGAGUGUAAAGCAUCCGGCAAUCCCACACCUGCGGUGACAUGGUACAAAGACAAUCGCCCGCUCGGCACAGGCUUUGGAGUGUCCGCCCGGGAGCGGGGUCAGUUUCUGCAGAUCGCCAGGGCCCAGGUCGGGGACACCGGCUUAUACAGGUGCACAGCUACCAAUGUGGCAGGAGCUACUGAGAUUCUCUACAGUCUGCAGGUGCACGUUGCUCCAACGAUCUCUGGCACCAGUGACACAGUCGCAGUGGUGGUCAAUAACCCGGUCCGACUGGAAUGUGAGGCCAGGGGCAUCCCAGCGCCCAGCCUGACAUGGUUGAAAGAUGGCAGCCCGGUCUCCAGCUUCUCCGAUGGCAUCCAGGUCCUGUCUGGGAGUCGAGUGCUUGCCCUCACCAGCGCUCAGGUCAGUGACACUGGCAGAUACACGUGUGUAGCAGUGAACGCGGCAGGUGAACAGCAGAGGAACAUUGACCUCAGAGUGCACGUCCCACCAAAUAUCAUGGGAGAAGAACAGAACGUCUCAGUCAUCAUUAACCAAGCUGUGGUGCUGACGUGUCAGAGCAAUGCCAUCCCUCCCCCAGCUCUCAGCUGGCUCAAAGAUGGAAGACCUCUACUCAGGAAGGCAGGCCUCUCAGUGUCUGAAGAUGGAAGCACAUUGAAGAUUGACGUCGCUCAAGUCCUGGAUACUGGCCGGUACACAUGUGAAGCCACCAACGUGGCUGGCAAAACAGAGAAGAACUACAACUUAAACAUUUGGGUGCCACCGAGUAUUCGAGGGUCAGAUGAGCUGUCCCAGCUAACGGUCAUUGAAGGAAGCCUGAUCAGCCUGAUCUGUGAGUCCAGUGCUAUUCCACCCCCAAACCUCAUGUGGAAGAAGGAUGGCUUGUCACUGCUGACUGACACUGGGGGACGGGUCCGUGUUUUGUCUGGUGGGAGGCAGCUGCAGGUCUCGAACGCCGAACCGGCAGACAGCGCAUCCUACACGUGUGAGGCAUCCAAUGUGGCUGGAAACAGCAAGAAGGAAUAUACACUGCAGGUCUACGUCCGACCUACUAUCAGCAACAGCGGCACUCGUCCAACUGAAGUCACCGUGACUCAGGGGAGCGAGGUGAGCUUGGAGUGCGAGGCCCAGGGGACGCCCCGCCCUGCCCUGACCUGGCUGAAGGACGGACGUCCCUUGACGAGCGGCCGUAGGCUGACGGUGCUGAGCGAUGGCCAGCGACUGCUGGUUAAGGACACUCAGGUGUUUGACACCGGCCGGUACACAUGUGUGGCUGUGAAUGUGGCCGGGCAGGCUGAUAGGAAAUACGACCUCAGUGUACAUGUGCCGCCAAGUAUUAGCGGAGCCCUGAGCGUGCCGGAGAAUGUGAGCGUGGUGGUGAAAAACCCUGUCGUACUGACCUGUGAGGCUUCGGGUAUCCCUCUGCCAUCGAUUACCUGGCUGAAGGACGGGCGACCGAUCAGCCUCAGUAACAGCUUGCGAAUACUCUCAGGGGGUCGAAUCCUACGUUUAAUGCACACGGAGGUGGAAGAUGCCGGCAGAUACUUCUGUGUGGUCACCAAUGCUGCGGGAGAAGAGAGGAAAACCUUUGACCUGGAUGUUCUGGUACCACCAAGUAUGGUGAAUGAAGGAACACUGGAAGAUGUGAAAGUCAAGGAGAGUCUUAGCGUUACCCUUAGCUGUGAGGUUUCUGGUAAGCCCAUCCCAAACAUCACGUGGUUAAAAGACGGGCAGCCACUGACGAAGGACCAGAGGCAUCGGGUACUGUCCAGCGGCCGCUUCCUCCAGAUCGACAGGACGCGCGUGUCUGACACAGGCCGCUACACCUGCGUGGCCUCCAACGCAGCUGGAGACCGGAGCAAGAACUUCAAUUUAAAUGUGCUGGUGUCUCCGACAAUCCCCGGUGCCAACAGCGAGGGCACACCAGAGGACGUCACUGUCAUUCUAAAUAGUCCCACGUCCCUGGUGUGUGAAGCACAGUCCUACCCUCCUGCCACUAUCACCUGGCUCAAAGACGGGGCAGCUUUUGACUCCAACAGUCAAAACAUCCGCAUUUUUCCAGGUGGUCGAACGCUUCAGAUUCUGAACGCCCAGGAGAAGGACGCAGGAAGAUACACUUGUAUUGCAACCAACGAGGCUGGAGAAACACUAAAGAAUUAUGAAGUAAAAGUGUACAUUCCUCCCACCAUCAACAAGGACGACGUCCCAGGUUUUGGCUUGUCCCCCAAAGAAAUAAAGAUUAAAAUAAACAACAGCCUGACUCUGGAGUGCGAGACUCAAGCGAUUCCAGCAGCCACUCUCCGCUGGUACAAGGACGGACAGCCUCUGAAGCAGGACAGCCACAUUACCAUCACAGCGAAUGGUCGUAUCGUAAGAAUAAAGAACACACAGAUCUCAGACACUGGCCGAUAUACCUGUGUCGCCUCCAACAUCGCUGGAGAGGAUGAAAAAGAUUAUGAUGUGAACAUUCAAGUUCCUCCGAGUUUUGUGAAACCAGUGUAUGUUCAGGAUACAAAGGGCAGGGCGUUAGAGGGCAGCAACGGGAUUGAAGUCAAGGAUGUGGUCAUUAACAACCCGCUCUCCCUGUACUGCGAGACCAAUGCUGUACCACCUCCGUCUCUCAGCUGGUACAAAGAUGGCAAACUGCUGACCUCUAGUGACAAAGUUCUGAUACUGCCAGGAGGCCGGGUGUUACAGAUUCCCAGAGCACAAACUCCUGACGCUGGGAGGUACACGUGUGUAGCUGUGAAUGAAGCAGGCGAGGACUCUAUUCAGUACGAAGUGAGGGUGAUGACUCCGCCAUCCAUCAAAGGGGCUGACAGUGAUUUGCCUGAAGAAGUCAUCGUACUGAUUAACAAGACUGUCGUGUUGGACUGUAUGGUCAGCGGAAAUCCCACCCCCAAAAUCUCCUGGCUGAAGGACGGGCAGCCACUGAGUGGGGACAAUACCCACAAACUUCUGUCCAGUGGACGAACGCUUCAGGUGCUGAACGCCCAGGUAUCGGACACGGGCAGGUACAUCUGUGUGGCUGAAAAUGUAGCCGGGAACUCCGAAAAAUACUUCAACCUGAACGUGCACGUGCCUCCUAGUAUUGUGGGCACCAAUGCAGAGAACAUGACGGUGGUGAUAAAUAACUUCAUCUCUUUGACCUGCGAGGCCACAGCUUUUCCACCUCCCAUGCUCAGCUGGUUUAAGGAUGGGAAGCCUCUGCAGUCCAACACCAAUGUUCUCAUUAUGCCCGGAGGUCGAACUGUGCAGCUCCUUCGGGCUAAGCUGUCAGACGGUGGGAAAUACAUCUGCAUCGCUAUAAACCAAGCCGGACAGGCAGAAAAGCAGAUUUUCCUCACGAUUUAUGUUCCACCCACAAUUAAGGACCACACGGGGGACUCCCCUGAGGUGAUCAGUGUCCGCGCUGGGAGCACGCUGACCCUGAAGUGCGAGUCCAAUGCUGUGCCGCCUCCCGUCAUCACCUGGUACAAGAACGGACGCACGGCCUCCGCUUCCGCCAAACUUCGGAUUCUGGCCAACGGCCAAAUGCUGGAGAUCUCUGGUGUUGAGGUGUCAGACACAGGACAGUAUGUGUGUAAAGCCACAAACGUUGCAGGACAGGCGGAUAAGAGUUUUCAUCUCAACAUACAUGUCCCACCCAGCAUUGAAGGUCCAGCACAAGAAACAAUCAACGAGGUCAUUAGCAACCCUGUCACCUUUGCUUGUGAUGCUACCGGCAUUCCUCCGCCCACACUAACAUGGCUCAAGAGUGGAAGAGCCAUCGCGAAUGCUGGGUCCUUGGAGAUGCACAUCCUGUCUGGAGGGAGCAAGCUGCAGAUUGCUCGCUCCCAACAGUCAGACACCGGCACAUACACCUGCGUCGCCUCAAACGUGGAAGGCACAGCCCGCAAAAAUUAUCUCCUGACCAUACAAGUUCCCCCCAAUAUCUUGGGGUCUGAGAUGCCGAGUGAGGUCAGUGUUGCAGUUGGUGAAAACGUGAAGCUGAUCUGUGCUGCUCAAGGCACUCCCAAACCUCAAGUACAGUGGCUCAAAGAUGGGAAACCCUUCAAUACAUCUGAUGAAGGACGAUUAAGACUGACUUCAGAUGGCAGCACCCUCUCCAUUACCAGUGCAGUUACAGCAGACAUUGGGAAAUAUACUUGCGUGGCCACCAAUUCCGCUGGUGAGGAAGAUCGAAUAUUCAACCUGAACAUUUACGUUCCACCGACCAUUCACGAGAGUGCAGAGGGCAACAGGGAGCUCACCACCAUAUUGGACAGUUCCAUUAACAUAGAGUGCAAGGCCAUCGGUUCACCUCCACCACAGCUCAACUGGCUCAGGAACGGGCUUCCCCUGCCCAUUUCCUCCCAGAUCAGGCUCCUUUCUGCUGGGCAGGUUCUGAGAAUUGUACGAGUUCAAGUAUCUGAUGCUGGUACAUACACCUGUGUGGCCUCCAACCGGGCUGGUGUCGACAACAAGAAUUACAACUUAAUAGUGUACGUACCUCCAAACCUGGACAAUGCUGGCGGCACUGAAGACGUGACUGUCAUUAAGGGAAGUUCAGCCUCCAUGUCGUGCAUUAUGGACGGAACCCCAGCUCCGACCCUGGCCUGGCUUAAAGCGGCAGAACCACUGGUGCUGGGCAGGCACAUGACUGUCAGCAACCGGGGAAUGGCCCUGCAGAUCACCAGGGCAGAGCUGGGGGACACAGGCGUGUACACAUGUGUAGCCAGCAAUGAGGCCGGAGAGGUCAGCAAGCACUUCAACCUGAAGGUACUGGAUCCACCCCGCAUCAAUGGCUCUGACUUACCAGAGGAAACCUCUGUGGUUGUGAAUAACCCAUUGGAGCUCCUCUGUAUUGCUACUGGUAUCCCAGCUCCUGUGCUGACCUGGAUGAAGGACGGACGUCCGUUGCCGCAGACAGAGACCAUCCGUGUGCUGCGGGGAGGAGAGGUCCUGAGAGUAGCAAACGCUCAGGUGGAAGACACUGGCAGAUACACGUGCUUGGCAUCCACUACCGCGGGGGAUGAUGAUAAAGAGUACCUGGUCAGGGUGCACGUCCCUCCGAACAUUGCUGGUCAAAGUGGGCCUCAGUACCUGACUGUAGUGCGAAACGGACAGGCAAUCCUGGAGUGCAAGUCGGAUGCUGUACCACCCCCAACACUGACCUGGCUGAAAGACAACAAGCUACUGCAGGCAACCCCUCGUAUCCGCAUCCUGUCCAGCGGACGGUACCUGCAGAUCAAUAACGCCGACCUGGGGGACACAGCUCGCUACACCUGUGUGGCCAGCAACAUCGCGGGGACAAUGACCAGAGAGUUCACCUUAGCCGUAAAUGUUCCUCCGAUGAUCGAGGAGAGCCCCCAGGCAGUGGCUGUUCACAUCAACCAGCCAGCGGUGCUCACGUGUGCAGUAAGCGGGCUGCCCUCACCCCAAGUCACCUGGAGAAAGGACGGCACUGUUCUCUCAACAAGCAACCUCCGGUAUUCGCUCUCAGGUGACGGUUCAUUGCGCAUCGACUCAGCUCAAGUAACCGAUACAGGCCGAUAUCUGUGCAUGGCGACCAACCCGGCCGGAACCGCUCGCAAGCGCAUUGAUGUGCAGGUUUACGUCCCUCCAUCCAUUGCCCUCGGCCCCACCGAUAUCACCAUCACAGUCAAUGUGCAGACCAUCCUGGCGUGCGAGGCAACCGGGAUCCCAAGGCCUGUGGUCACCUGGAAGAAGAAUGGACGGCUUCUCAACACCGAUCAGAACAUGUACAGACUGCUUUCCUCGGCCUCCCUUGUAAUUCUCUCGCCCACUGUGGAGGACACUGGCCUGUAUGAGUGCAAUGUUUCCAACGAUGCCGGAUCAGAUCAAAGGACGAUCAGACUUACUGUACAAGUACCUCCUUCGAUUGCGGACGAAGCUACGGACCUGCUGGUGACAAAGUUGUCUCCGGCUGUGUUAACCUGCACUGCCUCAGGGGUCCCCAUCCCGGCCAUUCACUGGACCAAGGAUGGAAUCAACCUGCCACUUCAAGGAGAGGAUUACCGCGUUCUGCCAACAGGAACUAUUGAGAUUAGCGCUGCCCAGCUCAGACACACAGGAAAGUACAUCUGUACUGCAACAAAUGCCGCUGGCAGUGCCCACAGACACGUCAACCUCCGGGUACAAGAACUUCCCACGAUUCAGACGCAGCCCAGCAAACUGGAUGUGAUUCUCAACAACUCCGUCACUCUCCCCUGCAAGGCCACCGGCACCCCCAACCCUACCAUCUCUUGGCAGAAGGAAGGCAUCAGCAUUAGCACGGCAGGAGGUAAUUUCAUCGUGCUGCCCAGUGGCGGACUUCAGAUCACCCGUGCGACAGUGAAGGACACUGGCACCUACAUGUGUGUCGCACAGAACCCAGCCGGCACAGCCUUAGGAAAGAUAAAGCUCCAAGUGCAGGUCCCGCCUGAAAUCAAGCCUCAUCCGAAGAACUAUGUGGUCGCUUUGGAUAGAUCGCUGACCCUGCUCUGCGAGGCCAAGGGCUUCCCGGCUCCUGAGAUCACAUGGAACAAGGACGGACAUCAGGUCACCGAGACCAUCCGCCAAAGGAUGCUGAGCACUGGGGCUCUGCAGAUUGCCUUUGCCCAGCCUGGAGACACCGGCCGGUAUACCUGCACGGCAUCUAACCUGGCUGGAUCCAGCAGCUCCAGCAUGCUUCUCAUUGUCCACGUCCCACCAACCAUUCGCGGAGCAGAGACGGAGCUCACGGUGAUCGAGGGCUCGCGAGUAACUUUGCAGUGCGUGGCUGACGGCGUGCCUCGGCCAGUCCUGAGCUGGCAGAGGGAUGGCGUGGCCCUACGGGACACCCCGGGGAAGUUCACAUUGCUGCGGUCAGGGGAACUCGCUGUGGAAAAUGCCAAGCCAGGCGACGCCGGGAGCUACACUUGUACAGCCACCAACCCCAUCGGGCGUGAGUCCAUGACCAUCGACUUGACUGUGCACAUCCACCCGACCUUUUCAGAACUGCCUGGAGACAUAUCCCUGAACAAAGGGGAGCGCCUCGCACUGACCUGUGCAACAAAUGGUAUUCCUACACCCCACAUCACCUGGAUGUUCAACAACAACAUCAUACCCGCCCGGUAUGAUAACGUCAAUGGACACAGUGAACUGAUUAUUGAAAGGGCAUCGAAGGAUGACUCUGGGACGUACAUUUGCACAGCAGAAAACAGAGUGGGUUCCAUCAAGGCCAUUGGAUUUGUAUAUGUCAAAGAGCCUCCAAUCUUUGAUGGCGACUUCAACCCAAACCGCAUCGAACCUCUGGGAGGCAACGCAAUCCUGAACUGCGAGGUCCGAGGCGAUCCUCCCCCCACCAUUCAGUGGAGCAAAAAAGGCAUCAGUAUUCAUAUCACCAACAGGAUCCGACAACUCCACAAUGGCUCGCUGGCCAUCUAUGGCACAGUGAAUGAAGAUGCUGGGGACUACAAGUGCAUCGCUACAAAUGAGGCUGGUGUGGUUGAGCGCAGCGUGACCUUGACUCUGCAGAGCUCCCCGGUGUUCAUAGUUGAGCCGAUGGACACAGUGGCAGACGCUGGCUCCACAGUUAUCUUGAGCUGUCAGGCAGGUGGAGAGCCACCCCCUACAGUCGAGUGGUCCCGUCAGGGGCGCCCGCUCCUCAGCAACGACAGAGUCACCAUCCUAUCAGAUAGCUCGCUGAGGCUCACCGCCCUGCAGAAAGAGGACACAUCUGACUACGAGUGCGUGGCCAGGAACCUGAUGGGCUCAGCACUGGUGAAGGUCUCCCUGACCAUCCAAGUGCAUGGGGGAUUUUCCAAGUGGCUGGUGUGGGGUCCCUGCAGCGUUACCUGUGGGCAAGGAGUCCAAAAACGGCGGAGGCUCUGCACGAAUCCACUCCCAGCCAACGGGGGUCGGCCAUGCCAGGGGGCCAGCGAAGAAGGUCGCGGUUGCCAGGCCAAGCCUUGCCCAGUGGACGGCAACUGGUCAGAGUGGGGCCAGUGGGAGGAAUGCUCUCGUACCUGUGGCCAGGGAAAUAGGAUGAGAACAAGGGUGUGCAGUAACCCACCCAUGCAGUAUGGUGGGAAGCCAUGUGAGGGCAAGACUGUGGAGACUAUCAUGUGCAAUAAUCGCCCCUGUCCAGUGGGCGGUGGUUGGGGGGCCUGGAUGCCAUGGGGAACAUGCAGCGAGACCUGUGGUAAAGGGACCCAAACCACAGAGCUUUGUAACAAUCCUCCUCCGUCCUUCGAUGGAGCUCACUGUGAGGGGCAGGAGGUGCAGACCCAAGUGUGUAAUAACCGACUGUGCCCAGUGGAUGGACGAUGGAAGUCAUGGAGCAGCUGGACAGCCUGCAGCAUGUCGUGUGGAGGCGGCACUCGUCAGAGGACCAGAGCGUGCUCAGACCCCCCACCACAGAACGGGGGGCGCCAGUGCGAAGGCAAUGACGUACAGAUCGACUUCUGCAACAGUGAUCGGUGUCCGAUUCACGGAAACUGGGGCCCUUGGAGCAGUUGGGGAACAUGCAGUCGGACGUGCAACGGAGGCCAGAUGCGGCGGUAUAGGACCUGCGACAAUCCCCGGCCAGCCAGCGGGGGUCGGGCCUGCGCUGGGGCCGACACUCAGAUACAGAGGUGUAGCUCCAACAUUUGUCCAGUGGAUGGGAACUGGGGGCCUUGGCUGGCCUGGAGUGACUGCUCAGCAUCGUGUGGAGGUGGGGAACAGAGGCGGGUCCGUCUGUGCAACAAGCCCCUGCCGUCCAGCGGGGGCCGCUCGUGUCCAGGAGAUGCCUCCCAAGUGUCCAGAUGUAAAGGCCAACCCUGCCCAGGUGGACCUCAGCGUGCCAGGGGAAGUGUUAUUGGGAACAUUAACGAUGUGGAGUUUGGCAUUGCUCUACUGAACGCUACCAUCUUUGACAGUCCAGAAACUGAGGCUCGAAUUAUACAGGCACAGAUCUCAAACAUACCGAGGAGCAUUGGUCCUGCUAUGAGGAAGCUCAUCUCAAUCCUAAAUCCCAUCUACUGGGCAACCGCUAAGGAAAUUGGGGAAGCAGUCAACGGAUAUUCUCUCACGGAGGGAGUGUUCAGACGGGAGACGCAAGUUGAGUUUGCUACUGGAGAGAUACUGAGGAUGACGCACAUCGCCAGAGGCCUGGACUCGGAUGGAGCACUGUUGUUGGAUAUUGUGGUGAAUGGAUAUGCGCUACAGCUUCCUUCUGCUGUGAACCUGAAUGUUAAGGAUUACACGGAGGAUUACGUUCAAAUUGGAGGCGGGCAGAUUUACGCCUACUCCACCAGAAUGUUCACCGUUGAUGGUGCAAGUGUGCCAUACUCCUGGAACCACACCAUCACAUACAAUCAUAACCGUGGACGGAUGCCGUUUCUAGUAGAAACACUGCACGCUACCUCUAUUAGUGCAGAGUACAACCCACUGGAUGAAACUCUGGACUACAGAAUACAUGCCAUCAUCACUAAAGGUGACCGCAGUAACCAGUGCCCAAGCGGCUUCACUCUGGACUCGGCUGGGCCCUAUUGCUCAGAUGAAGAUGAGUGCACUAUCCGCAAUCCCUGCUCAAAUACCUGCCACAAUGCAAUGGGUACCUAUUACUGCUCAUGCCCAAAAGGACUCACCAUCUCUGCCGAUGGAAGAACCUGCCAAGACAUCAAUGAGUGCGCUUUAGGUGGUCACACCUGCCAUGCCGGACAAGACUGUGAAAACACUAUUGGUUCGUAUCGCUGUGUGGUACGCUGUGGGCUUGGCUUCAGGAGGACAUCAGAGGGUUUAAGCUGCCAAGACAUCAACGAAUGCCAAGAGUCAAAUCCAUGCCAACAGCGCUGUCUAAACAUCAUCGGAAGCUACCGAUGCAGGUGUGACCCAGGCUACCAGCUGCGAGGUAGAAGAUGCAUGGACAUCAAUGAAUGUCGACAGAAUGUGUGCCGACUUGAUCAGCAAUGUAAGAACACGCGAGGGGGAUUCAAGUGCAUCGAUCUGUGUCCAAGUGGAAUGACAAAAGCAGAGAAUGGGAGCUGUAUUGAUAUUAACGAGUGCAGAGAUGGCACUCACCAGUGCCGCUACAAUCAGGUCUGUGAGAAUACCCGAGGCAGCUACCGCUGUGUUUGCCCAAGAGGUUACCGAUCUCAGGGAGUUGGAAGGCCUUGUGUUGACAUUGACGAAUGUGAGCGGGUGCCUAAACCCUGUGCAUACCAGUGCAUCAACACCCCUGGCAGCUUCAAGUGCCUCUGUCCACCUGGACAACAUUUGUUAGGCGAUGGGAAAUCAUGCGCUGGAUUAGAGAGGUUGCCAAAUUAUGAGAGCAAUUAUUACACCUAUAACUUUGCCCAGUUCCCCAACGUGGGUUAUUUCAACCGGCACCAGUACAUUAGUCAGUCCUCACAGUAUAGAUCCCACGUGGGCUACGGCAGCCGAUAUCGUUCAGCUUCCUCCAGGACUGGCAGGAACGUUAGAAAAACAUGCCCUGAAGGCUAUGAGGCAAAGAAUGGCAAAUGCAUAGAUAUUAACGAAUGUGAAAACAAGGAAAUCUGUCAACACGACUGCAAAAACACACCAGGAAGCUACCAGUGCCUCUGUCCCAGUGGAUAUCGACUCAUGACUAAUGGCAAGGCGUGCCAUGAUGUUGACGAGUGCCUGGAGCAGAACAUCCACUGUGGGGCCAACCGUAUGUGUUUCAACAUGAGAGGCAGCUAUCAGUGCAUAGACACGCCUUGCCCACCCAACUACUUGCGAGAUCCAAUCACUGGGUUCUGCCUGAAAAACUGCCCGUCUAAUGACCUGGAGUGUGCUCUGAGUCCCUAUGCACUGGAGUACAAGCUCGUCGCCCUUCCCUUCGGCAUUGCCGCGAACCAGGAUCUCAUCCGGCUGGUGGCUUACACUCAGGACGGCGUGAUGCACCCGCGAACAAUCUUCCAAGUGGUGGACGAGGACCCGGGCGUUCCUUUCGCCAUUCGGGACGAGAAAUUGAAAGGAGUUGUUUUUACAACCAGACCACUCCGGGAGCCGCAGACGUACAGAAUGAAAGUGCGAGCAUUGUCAUACAGUGCUGACGGAAACAUCGAAUACCAGACGACUUUCAUAGUUUAUAUAGCAGUGUCUGCAUACCCAUACUAAAUCACUUCAGCAAGUAUAUUUUUUAUAUUGCACACGAGUAAAAAAAAAAAGAAAAAAAAAUCAGAGGAUGGAUGCCAGUUUUGAAAUCCGCCAUUGUUUUAUACAGUUUUGUGAAAAAUGGUGCUAUAUAUUGGCGGCAGACAGACCAGAGGUUUGCAGCUGGGAGACACUGGUCUGGCACAUUGCUCAAUGAGAGAGACAGAUCAUCAUUCUAAGCCAUACAGUUCUUAUUCUUCAGCCAAUCUGACCAAAUAGCCACCAGCCAUUUGAAGUCAAUACACUGUUUCAGCGCCCUUGGGACGUCCUCCCGACGUGGAAGGCGCUAUAUAAAUGCAAGUUGUUGUAUGAGAAGAUGCCAAUAUUGGGGAAAUCAGACACCAAGAUGUAUUCUAUCUUUAUGAAAAUGUACAUAUGAAUGAUUCUCUGUAUUUUCUACGCCAGGGUGGUCCAACUAGCUGCAUCCGGCCCGGGGGUGAUUUUAUCGGCCCGUGAACCAUCCCAACUUCAUUGCAAAUACAGCCAACACACAGGCUCUAAAACGGGUCUGGCCCAUCAUGAGAUAGACACCAGGGGCUCAGGCUCUGCCUGGCAACGGGAUUUGCCAAUCAGGAUAAAAUGUUGUUUAUACAGCCCUUGGACUUACCUCAAAUCUGCCAUUCGGCCCUCAGGAGCCAAAAGGUUGGGCCACCCUGAUCUACGCAGUUACCUGUGGUUCAUUUAUAUUUCCCCUUCCCCCAAAAAGGCUAAAGUGUAACACCAUAACAAAAUAAAGGUCACAAAACCUC